UGAUAAGCCUUGUUCCCGGGCGAAUGCAAUGGACGGAUGGGUAGUAUUCUUCAAAUCUCAUGCUCUUAUUCUCAGUCUUGACGAGGACGCGUCAGCUGCAUCUCCCGCCGUGGCUUCUACACUAGCGGCUGCCCUGGGCACAGCCUCAACCAAGGGGAAGAGACAAUCGUCUGAUUGGCUGGCCGGCGAAGAUCCAAGCCGGGGCCUUGGCAAGAGCAGCUGAGCAGUGCCGAGCAGUCUGCUGCUUACUCCGGGGUUUCGGACACGGGGAGUCAAAGGGACUCGGAUGUUUAACACCUGCCGUAAUCCAAUCCACUGCUGUUCUCAAUGUUGUGUAAUCUCUAGAUGAUCUUUUGGAGUCAGAGUUUCGUGCUUGCAGCCACACACAUUGAGACGUCCAAAGAUGCGCAGAUGCACCUUCUUCUCCAGGUUCUGCUCGCGGCCGCCAAGGACCGACGACGGGCUUGGUGAAGACGGCGAGGCGAACAACGAGAAACGUGUCCGGAGCCCGCGGGACUGGUCUGCCAUCGCCUUAGCAGUGCUUCGAUCCCUCCAAUUCCUUUACGUUGCCUUUGCGUACUACUCGCUUCAAGACUUCCAAAGAUCAAGUUACUUCCGUGACGAUGGCCCCUGGCAUCAUCCACCAGACCAGAUGCGUCAAUCCUGGCGGACGUUGCGCUGGGUCCGGACGCAGGCGUCCGUGAUCCUAGUCUACCACACCUUCAUCAUCGUCAUCCCUGGGCUGCUGCGGCUCCUCAAGCCGACGAGACGGCCGUUCACGGGCUUGUCUGCCGUGUUUGGUGACGGUUGUGCCAUGGUGGCCAUGCUCAACAUCAUGGUCCAGCUCGACACUGCCCAUGAGGAUUACUGCCAUCGCCCUCCCCCGAGAGCAGACCCCAUCACGCACGCAAUGUUCAGCUUCGGACGGAACGAUCAGCAUCACCACCACAACAUGGACAGGCACAGAGCAGUGUGCCGCUCACUGGAUGUGGUUUUCGGCCUGGGCGGGAUCAUCAUCGUCUCCUAUCUUUGGUCAGCCCUCGUCACGGCCUGGCGCGCCAAGCAAUCAUCGCCACCUUCGGUGCAUGCGAAGGUUGAACAAGUACGCGAUGUAGAGCAGGGUGUCACACCGCGACCGGCCGUUGUUAUGCCAGAAGCUGCUACUAGACCGCAAGCGACAUCGUCCCAGAGACAAGACUCGCCGCCACCCCCUUAUCGCCCUGCUGUCGCAGAGCUGGCCCAAGAGCCCGAUGCAGGAACCGGCUACCCCAGAGGCCGGGUCUCCAUGGAGACGGUGUCGUCGGUUGGUCUCGAUAAUUACCUGGUGUCAGACGGCUGGCGGGCGCCCGAAGAACCACCAGUCUACUCGAGCAGGCCACCGAGUUUGCAUCAUGCGCACUUGUAGUUGCAGCUUUAUAUAGUAAUCCAUAAUAAUGU